GUGGGAUCGGGGUGGGGAAUCCCCCAGGUUUGGGGCUGUGUGGGAUCAGAGGAGGGGAGGGAUCCCCCAGGACUGGGUUUGUGCAGGAUCAGGGGGAUCCCUGGGAUCGGGGCGGUGCAGGAUCACAGGGAUUCCCCCAGGGUCCGGGCUGUGUGGGAGCAGGUGAUCUGCUCCCACCUCUCCCCUGGAUCUGUGCCACGCUGGGAUCCAUUCCCUGCCCGGGGGGCAUGUGUGUUUGUGCUGCCAUACUGGGGAUCUGGUCUGUGCUGGGAUCUGCCCCCGCCGCCCCACAGGGAUCCACCCUCCCAAUCUGUCCUAUGCUGGGAUCUGCCCCCCCCCCGGAAUCUACUCUGCCUCCACCCGGGCCCCUGGAUCUCCCCUCCUGCACCAGGAUCUGUCCCUCCCCCCUCGCCUCGAGGGCCUGUGCAGGAUGCGGCCUCUCCUCACCCCACUGCAGGGUGUCAGCCCCCCGCCAUGCCAGAGGGAUCCAGCCCCAGCCAAAGGGGGUCCCCAGCACCCCAGGGUGGGAGUCACGGCUGGUGCUGGGAUCCAUUCCAGGCAGGAUCCCGAGGAUGUGGUCCCCGGUGCCCACAGGUGACAGAUGCGCCUGCUGGGGGCCAUGCGGCUGGUGCGGUUCCGGGGGGCUGGGGGGGCCGAGCCCCGGCUGGGGCUGGAGGAGGCGGCCGGGGGGAACGUGGUGGACCUGAGCGCGGCAGAGCCGGCGCUGCCCCGCUCCAUGCGUGCCUUCCUGGAGAGCGGCCAGAGCGGGCUGGCUGCCGCCCAAAGGGCACUGGAGUCCGGCCAGCACCGGCUGCCGAGGGAGACGGUGCGGCUCCUGGCGCCCGUCGGGGACCCGGAGAAGGUGAUCUGCGUGGGGCUCAACUACCGCGACCACUGCCUGGAGCAGAACGUCAAGAUCCCCACGGAGCCCAUCAUCUUCAACAAGUUCCCCAGCACCAUCAUCGGACCCUUCGAUGACAUCGUGCACCCAGAGGAGAGCAGCGAGGUGGACUGGGAGGUAGAGCUGGCCGCCGUCAUCGGGAAGAAGGGGCGGCACAUCGAGGAGUCAUCGGCCCUGGACCACGUCGUGGGCUUCACGGUGGCCAACGACGUCAGUGCCCGGGACUGGCAGAUGAAGAACGGGAGGCAGUGGCUGCUGGCAAAAACCUUCGACACCUUCUGUCCCCUGGGGCCGGCCCUUGUCACCAAGGAGGCGGUGGCAGACGUCCACAACCUGAGCAUCCGCUGCAGCGUCAACGGGCAGCUGAUGCAGGACAGCAGCACCAGCCAGCUCAUCUUCCGCCUGCCCAAACUCAUCGCCUGGAUCUCCCGGUUCGUCACUCUGGUCCCCGGGGACAUCUUGCUGACGGGAACCCCUCCUGGUGUGGGGGCUUUUCAGAAGCCACCCGUGUUUCUUAAGAGAGGAGACGAGGUGCAGUGCGAGAUCGAGGAGCUGGGCACCAUCUGCAACAAGGUGGUGUGAAGAGGGAGACGCCAAAUCUCGCCCCGAGUCAGCUGCCUUGCCCCCCUCCCUCUGCGGCAUUCAAUAAAUCCACGAGCGGCAUUCAGUAAAUCCACGAGAGGGGUCGGGUA